AUGCAAUCCGCAAUCGGACUUCUUUUGGUUAUCGCGUCCGUUUCUCACGCUCAAGUGCUAUCGUACAACUGUGCUGUCCCGCCAUGUCCUCCACCAAUGGCAUUAGAACCAUCUCCAUAUGCAUGUGCAGCUCCUCCAUGCCCACCUCCAGCUGCUCCACUUCCACCACCACCAAUGCCAGCUCCAGCUCCAGCUUACAACCCAUAUCCAUGUGCCAAUCCACCAUGUAUUGUUGUUGAGCCAAUGCCAGUUGCUCCACCACCACCAGCUCCAGUCCCACAAUACAACCCAUAUCCAUGUGCUACUCCACCAUGCCCAGCUCCAUAUGUUCCAGAGCCAGUUCCAGCUCCACAGCCAGUGUACGAGCCAUACGCAUGCGCUGCUCCACCAUGCCCAGCCCCAAUUGCCCCAGAGCCAGUUAUCCAACACGUUCCAGUCCCAUAUCCUGUCCAAGUUCCAGUUCCAAUCCAAGUUCCAGUCCCAACCCCAGUCUACCAGCCAACAUAUGCUUGCGCUGUCCCACCAUGCCCUGCCCCAGUUGCCCCAGCUCCAGCUCCAGUUUACGCUCAGCCAGCUCCAGCUCCAGCUCCAAGAGCCGUACCAGUCUACGCUGCUCCAGUCUGUGCUCAACCACCAUGCCCACCAGCUGCCUAUAACCCAUACGGAUACCAAGGAACACCAGGAUACGCUCCAGCGUAUGCUCCAUACGGACCAAGCUACGCUCCAAACUACGCUCCAGGAUAUGCUCCACAAUACGCUCCAUCCUACAAUCCAUACACUCUCCGUUCCCCAUUGGCAGCUCCAGCUCCAGGAUACUAUCCAUCUCCAUUCAGAAGAGCAAUGCUUCUUUUGGGAUCCAACAAGGGAAAGAAAAUGUCGAUCGUGGCUGCUGAAGAGAAGAAGAAGACCGCUUAA